UCUGCCCACCUUUUUUUUUUUUUUUUUCUGUAGUCCUUAGCUUCUUUAAUUUCCACAUCUGUUUCUUGAUUUUCACAGUCAAAGCCAUACGGCCCAUACCCAACUACGAACAGGUUUGCUAAAGAUUUUCCUUUUUGAUCACUCUAUUUAUAUCCCCUUAGGUCUCUUUCUUUUUUGUCAUAUUCACCUUUCACAAAAGUUUCAAACUUUUUCCUCUGCAUAAUCCAUGGCAACCUGUUUCUUCGAUACUCUCAAGACUCAACCGCCCUGGAUUCUUGUUCUUUUCACGUUGGGUUCUUUGUCACUCUUGAGAUCUUCAUUGGUUUUUCUUAAAUGGGUCUGGGUCAAUUUCCUUAGACCUGGUAAGAAUCUCAAGAAAUAUGGCUCCUGGGGUCUUGUAACAGGACCAACUGACGGUAUCGGUAAAGGUUUUGCCGUUCAGUUAGCUAGGAAAGGGCUUAAUCUUGUCUUGGUUGGUCGUAAUCCUGAUAAACUCAAAGAUGUUGCUGAUUCAAUCUUGGCUAAACAUGGGAAGAUUCAGAUCAAGACAGUUGUUGUGGACUUCACUGGUGAUCUUGAUGAAGGUAUGAAGAAGAUAAAAGAAGCUAUUGAAGGAUUGGAUGUGGGGGUUUUGAUUAAUAAUGUUGGGAUUUCAUAUCCUUAUGCAAGGUUUUUCCACGAGGUUGAUGAUGAGCUGUUGAGGAACUUGAUUAAGGUUAACAUUGAAGGUACAACUAAGGUUACUCAGGCUGUUUUGCCUGGGAUGGUGAAAAGAAAGAAAGGUGCAAUUGUGAAUAUUGGCUCUGGUGCUGCUAUUGUAAUCCCCUCUGAUCCACUUUAUGCUGUUUAUGCUGCUACUAAGGCGUAUAUUGAUCAAUUCUCAAGGUGCCUUUAUGUUGAAUACAAGAAUAGUGGAAUUGAUGUCCAGUGUCAGGUUCCAUUAUACGUAGCAACAAAAAUGGCAUCAAUCAAAAGAUCCUCUUUCUUUGUUCCUUCAACAGAUGGUUAUGCUCGAGCAGCAAUGCGGUGGAUAGGCUAUGAACCUCGUUGCACACCCUACUGGCCCCAUUCCAUCCUCUGGGGCUUGGCUUAUUCACUGCCGGAGAGUGCGGUUGAUGCAUGGCGUUUUGGCUUUUGUCUUGGCAUCCGAAGGAGGGGGCAACUCAAAGAUUCUAGGAAGAAGGAAUAGGAAAACACUAUGUUGAGUCUGUUCUAGUUUCUGUUCUUGGAAUUGAGAGUUGUCUAGGAUGAGUAUUUGGCAGGCGCUUUUUCUGUUUUUUCCCAUGUCUAUUUUUAAAAUUUAAUUAUUACUCACUUGAUAAAUUUGUUUUUAAGCAUGGCAUUGUGACCGUUCCAUUAUGUGUGGAUGCUU